AUGUUAGUGGCGUAUCACGUUUUCUCACUCGCUCGCCCUGGCAUCGCAACCCCGCGGACAUCGCAUUUGGCCCAAUCGCCUUCCGCGUUCCCCACGCACACCCACACACCCCCCCACGCACACCCACGCGAACCCUCACCGUCGCCCAAGCUCUUCCCCACCGCCGCGAACGCUUCGUCCUGCCUUCACCCACGCUUCCCCACAUCGUCGCUCACGCCUUCCCCCACCUUCCCUCACGGUGGGAAGCUCAUCGCCCACGCUUCCCCCCACCGUCGCCCACGCUUCCUCCCACCGUCGCCCACGCUUCCCCCCACCGUCGCCCACGCUUCCCCCCACCGUCGCCCACGGUUCCUCUCACCGUCGCCCACGCUUCCCCCCUCUGUCGCCCACGCUUCCCCCCACCGUAGCCCACGGUUCCUCUCACCGUCGCCCACGCUUUCCCCCACCGUCGCCCACGCUUCCCCCCACCGUCGCCCACGGUUCCCCCCACCGUCGCCCACGCUUCCUCCCACCGUCGCCCACGCUUCCCCCCACCGUCGCCCACGCUUCCCCCCACCGUCGCCCACACUUCCUCUCACUGUCGCCCACGCUUCCCCCCACCGUAGCCCACGGUUCCUCUCACCGUCGCCCACGGUUCCUCUCACCGUCGCCCACGCUUCCCCCCACUGUCGCCCACACUUCCCCCCACCGUCGCCCACGCUUCCCCCCACCGUCGCCCACAGUUCCUCUCACCGUCGCCCACGCUUCCCCCCACCGUCGCCCACGCUUCCCCCCACCGUCGCCCACGGUUCCUCUCACCGUCGCCCUCGCUUCCCCCCACUGUCGCCCACGCUUCCCCCCACCGUCGCCCACGGUUCCUCUCACCGUCGCCCACGCUUCCCCCCACCGUCGCCCACGCUUCCCCCCACGGUCGCCCACGCUUCUUCCCACCGUCGCCCACGCUUCCCCCCACCGUCGCCCACGCUUCCCCCCACCGUCGCCCACGCUUCCCCCCACCGUCGCCCACGCUUCCCCCCACCGUCGCCCACGCUUCCUCUCACCGUCGCCCACGCUUCCCCCCGCUGUCGCCCACGCUUCCCCCCACCGUCGCCCACGGUUCCUCUCACCGUCGCCUACGCUUCCCCCCACCGUCGCCCACGCUUCCCCCCACCGUCGCCCACGCUUCCCCACACCGUCGCCCACGCUUCCCCUCCCAUCGUCCUCCCUGUCGCCUGGAAAUUUCCCUCCCCGCCGACCUCCCUUCCCUCCCACCUCUCUCCACGUCGUCAUCACUCCCCUGCCUAUCACGUCCGUCGUUGCUUCCCUUCCCAUUGCCGCAUUUGGUCGCUCUCGCUCUCCCCAUUGCCACCUUCUCUACUCCUUCCACCCCACCCUUGCACCCUCCUUUCCUUCUCUCUCAUUCUCCCUCCCCCCCUGCCUCGCACCCACCCUGGCCGCGGACGUAUGGCUGGCCGGUCUCGAGCGCUGGGGAUGGGGUCGUGA